UGCACCCUCCCCCAUAACCCUCGCCUAAGCGGGCGACCUGUGCCCCCACUUCGAUCUCAAGUCCAUCUUUGUAGACAAAACUAGUUGACCCGGAGAACCUUUACUAUCCCUUUCCAGCGAGCCUCCAGCCCCCAACUCCACGCAGGUUGAAUGUGGUGACAGCCCCGCUGGCCCAGGGAGACCGAGGGAUUUUAAUGCGACGGUGCCCGGGAAACGGCAAUGGCUGCCGAGGGGAUAGUCUGCGAACGGACUGACCGGACCGACCGGACCGCGUGCGGUGGCUGCAGGCUUGCUGCCCCACAACCCCACCACCCUGCAGCGGCCCAGGGAUUUGCCCCGUGAUCAGUGACGUAAACGAAACUAAGGUUCCCAUUGGGAGACGGAGUUCGGCAGGGGCCAAUCCGGAAGCUGGUCUGGGAGAAAUCUCGGUGGAGGGCUCCCAAGAGCCGGCAGAUUACCCAGUGGGGACGCGCUGUUACGCUGGGCGCUCGUGGAGGAUCGCGACCCGGAACUGACCGCCUUGGAAGACAAGUGACUCCAGUCCGAGAUUCGCGGCCCUGAGUUCGGGGGAGGAGAAGCCCCUGCCAGUGAACAGAGAGCCCUCUGAGCUAAGGACUAAGGACACCAUGGCCACAUCAGCACCACUGCGGAGCCUGGAGGAGGAGGUGACCUGCUCCAUCUGCCUGGAUUACCUGCGUGACCCCGUGACCAUUGAUUGUGGCCAUGUCUUCUGCCGCAGCUGUACCACUGAUGUCCGCCCUGUCUCAGGGGGCCGCCCCGUCUGCCCCCUCUGCAAGAAGCCUUUUAAAAAGGAGAACAUCCGCCCUGUGUGGCAGCUGGCCAGCUUGGUGGAGAAUAUCGAACGGCUGAAGGUGGAUAAGAGCAGACAGCCAGGAGAAGUUGCCCGGGAGCAGCAGGAUGCGAAGUUGUGUGAGCGGCACCAGGAGAAGCUGCACUACUACUGCGAGGAUGAUGGGAAGCUGCUGUGCGUGAUGUGUAGGGAGUCCCGGGAGCACAGACCCCACACGGCUGUCCUGGUGGAGAAAGCGGCCCAGCCCCACAGGGAAAAAAUCUUGAACCACCUGAGUACCCUAAGGAGAGACAGAGACAAAAUUCAGGGCUGUCAGGAGAAGGGAGAAGCUGAUAUCCUGGCUGCGCUGAAGAAGCUCCAGGACCAGAGGCAGUGCAUCGUGGCUGCGUUUGAGCAGGGCCACCAGUUCCUGAGGGAGCGGGAGCAGCACCUGCUGGACCAGCUGACAAAGCUGGAGCAGGAGCUCACAGAGGGCAGGGAGAAGCACAAGACCAGGGGCGUCGGGGAGCUUGCCCGCCUGGCGCUGGUCAUCUCCGAACUGGAAGGCAAGGCCCAGCGGCCGGCUGCAGAGCUCAUGCAGGACACCAGAGACUUCUUAAACAGAUAUCCACGGAAGAAGUUCUGGAUUGGGAAACCCAUUGCUCGAGUGGUUAAAAAAAGGACAGGGGAAUUCUCAGAUAAACUUCUGUCUCUGCAGCGAGGCCUGAGAGAAUUCCAAGGGAAGCUGCUGAGAGAUUUGGAAUAUAAGACGGUGAGUGUCACCCUGGACCCACAGUCGGCCAGCGGAUACCUGCAGCUGUCAGAGGACUGGAAAUGUGUGACCUACAGUGGCCUGUACCAUAGUGUUUACCUGCACCCCCAGCAGUUUGACUGUGAGCCAGGGGUGCUGGGCAAUAAGGGCUUCACCUGGGGCAAGGUCUACUGGGAAGUGGAGGUGGAAAGGGAGGGCUGGUUUGAGGAUGAAGAGGAGGGGGACGAGGAGGAAGAGGGGGAAGAGGAGGAGGAGGAGGAGGAGGCUGGCUAUGGGGGGUUUGUGUCCUGGGAGACAGAUGAGGAUGAGGAGUCACUGGGGGACGAAGAGGAAGAGGAGGAAGAGGAGGAGGAGGAAGAAGUUCUGGAAAGCUGCAUGGUGGGGGUGGCCAGAGACUCUGUGAAGAGGAAGGGCGACCUCUCCCUGCGGCCGGAGGACGGGGUAUGGGCGUUGCGCCUCUCCUCCUCGGGCAUCUGGGCCAACACCAACCCCGAGGCUGAGCUCUUUCCAGCGCUGCGGCCCCGGAGAGUAGGCAUCGCCCUGGAUUAUGAGGGGGGCACCGUGACUUUCACCAAUGCAGAGUCACAAGAACUUAUCUACACCUUCACCACCACCUUCACCCGGCGCCUGGUUCCCUUCCUAUGGCUCAAGUGGCCGGGAACACGGCUCCUGCUGAGACCCUGAGCCCCGCCUGAAUCCUGCCCGCCCCUGGCCCCAUGUCCCCUGAUGCUUCACUUCUCUGGAAAUCCAGGACUGUUGGGGGGAAGGAGGCACCUGGCCAGAGCAGCUGCAGCCGGGGAGAGGAGGGACACCAUAUCCACUGCUGCUCCCCCACAAUGGCUGCGGCCCCCUCGAGACCUCACUUAGUGCUAUCGCUCUCUUCAUACUGCCGUGGUUGGGCUCUUCUCCCACCUCCAGGAGGUUCCUGUGCAAACUUCUGACCCUGGCGUCCAUGAGGGCUCCUCCUUCCCUUCUGCCCACUGCCUUUGACCCAGCCCUGCACUCUCUUUGCUGAAUAAGAGGCAAGGCAGCAUUUAUUUGCCCAGUGUAGCAUCUCAUGCCAGAUCAGUUGACUUAAUGCCCUGGGCCAUUUUGCCUUCCUCAAAUCCCAUAGCUUUCACUUUGCCCAAAUCUACUCUGCUGUCUACCUUCCCUGGCACUUUAAGCAGAUCUGCUGCUACCCCAGCUCAGAGUUAAACAUACAUGAAAAUGCUGAAAGAACUGAAUGAAAAUCCACUGAAGCUUCCCUGCCCAUUUAAGUAAGGCACCUAAAGUUCCAGUGGAAAUCAUCUUGUGAGGUCCAGAGCAAAGUCUAUGCUUUUCUGAGAGCAGGGCUGUGCAUGAGGUUUCCACAACUAAGGAGAUAGGACUCCCUGAAGCCAUCCGUGGUCUUAGGGAAAUGAUCUAGAUACCUGUGGCUUUGGGGGAACAGUUGUGAUCAGUAAUCAAUAAAUUAUCUCUGUGGCUUGGUCCUCGC